UUCAAACAGGUUACUUAAUUUUCUUCCUUCCUGUAUACCAAACGGCUGCAAAGUGCAAGCACCAUGGCGGCAGUACGGAGCCUACGGGUGUCUGUAAAGUCAGAUAGCGGGUCUGAUCGCUCAGAAUCGGACUCGGAAUCAGACUCGGACCGAGAUGCCCGUGAGUCUGAACCUAUGGAGGUGGAGGAAGGCGAACUGGAGGUGGAGGAUAUUCCAGUCAAUCGUUCUCUGAAGGAAUUGUUACCGGACCCAAGUCGGCGGUAUGAAAACAAAGCAGGCACUUUCAUCACUGGAAUCGACGUUACGUCAAAGGAGGCGAUCGAAAAAAAGGAGAAAAGAGCGAGGCGGUUCCAUUUCAGUCCAGAGGUCAACGUAGCUCAGAAGAAUGUGAUGCUGGACAGAGACAUGAUGAAGAAAGCCAUACCCAGUUUGCGUUUGGAGGCAUUGCAUGUGGCAGGAGUGGAUAACAUGAGUACCCAGGAUGUGUUUGGAUAUUUCAAGGAAUACCCUCCGGCACAUAUCGAGUGGAUUGAUGACACUUCCUGUAACGUGGUGUGGCUUGAUGAUGUCACUUCUACUCGGGCUCUCCUCAACAUCAGCCGCAUGCCAGACAAAGAGGCGGUUACCACGGAAACGGUUGGUGGCAAAGAGCCGGAUCUGGCGUCUGAGGAGAACAAAGCUCAAAGAAGUCGGGGCUCAAAUGAUGACGACGACGAUGAUGAUGAAGAAGGAGAGGUAGAUGAGGAGGAGGAGGAAGAGGCGGUGGUGACGGAUAAGAAAACCAGUGAUGAGUGUGAAGGAAAAGCCAGCGAAAGUGAGGGAGAGACGGAGAAGAAAACCGACCUGGAGGAUCCUCAGGUGGACCUGUUAUCUCAGGCAGAGCAGGAGUCUUUGUUACGGAACGAUCCUCGACCAGCUACCAAAAUCUUCAAAGGCAACAAUCUCUUCUUGAGAAUCGCUACUCACGACGACAAGAAAGAGCUGGGAGCUGCCAGAAAAAGCCGAUAUUACAUGAAGUACGGCAACCCAAACUACGGGGGCAUGAAAGGUAUCCUCAGCAACUCCUGGAAGAGGCGAUACCACACACGGAGAAUCCACAGAGAUGUCAUCAAGACCAAGAAGCCACUCAUUGGGGACAGCAUGGGCCACACGCCACCCUACACACACAGGCACUCUGCUGACCUGGUGAACUUGCCAGAAGAGCCCAUUGAGGAAGAGGAGGAGGAGGAAGAUGACGAUGGGGGGGAGGAGGACAUGGAUUCAGACGACAGGGUGGUCGAGUACCGGGAGAAGGGGGUGCGUGUGGGGGGGGCAGCGGGGGUGCGCCUGGGGGGGCCGGCGGGGGUGCGCGCGGGGGGGAUGCGUAGUCGCGGGGCAAGGUCCCCGUCCCCCUCCUCGGACUCUGACGAGAUGGACUACGACCUGGAGCUGAAGAUGAUCUCCACCCCCUCCCCCAAGAAGAGCAUGAAGAUGACCAUGUACGCAGACGAGGUGGAGACCAAUCUGAAGAGCUUACGACACUCGGUUCGGAGCGACAGCAGCUCGGGCAGCGGUGUGUGGAACAGGAUUGGCAGCGGAGGAGGGUCCAAAAGCAUUCCAGAGAAAGUGAUCGAUGUGCGACAACUGCUGGAGGAGAAAAGACAGGGGCUCACUCAGAACAGACAGCGCCCCCCGGUGGCUACAUCUGGGAAGACGGAUGUGAGGCAGAGGUUGGGGAAGAGGGCGUACUCCCCAGAGACACGACGCUCUACCUCCCCCGUAACCCUGAGAGACAGUCCCCCUCCACGGGAACCAAUCACUGAUGUGCACAGCCGACUGGGUGUGGCCAAACAAGAUGCCCACGGCCUCUACUCUGACACGUCCAAAGACAGAAAAACAAGUCGUCUGUGGAGCAGACUUGGCCCCUCCCACAAGGACGGCCCUCAAGACGGGAAAGCGCCUAGCCGGGGAUCGGGGUCAGUCGCCUCCAGGGUGGGCGUAAAGAAGGGAGGGGAGGAGGUGGAAGAGGAGGAUGACUCGGCCCUGCAGAAGGUAUGGGGGGCCAUGAUCAAACAGAAGGAGCAGCAGACACACAAGAUGAAGAAGAGUCGCCUGGACAACUUGCCGUCGUUACAGAUCGAGAUCAGCCGGGACAGCAGCAACGGCUCUGACUCCGACACCUGAGGGAGGGCAGGGGUCAGGGAGGGGGUCAGGGAAGGAGAUGUGGGUACAGAGUGACACGGACAGAGUAGGGAGGUGGGGUGGAAUGUUAUGACUGAUGUUAAAUGAAAGCGUGGAUGGUAGAGGGAAGUGAUUUGUGUCUGUUUUCCACGGGCAUUGUGACCUUACCCCUCUAUUUGGAUCCCUCUGGGCCUGUAGUUGUGACCAAGUCUUUCUUUUGGACUGACGUUUUGGAAUGAAAUGAGAUCUCAAGGACACCAAUAAGAACCGGGCAUAAUUAUUGUGAUUUUUUUUUUACCUUUUAGGCCAAAAGGGGACAUGUGACAUUUCACCUCUGAUACUUUGUUCAGUUACUUAACAGCAAUAUGCCCAUGUUUGUUGCCCCCAUGUGAAAACUGAGCGGUUGGCGACAGCAACCAAGCUGUUUAAGUAGCUCCAUACUAUAUGUGGUACCUGUGUGAGUAAAUAUGACAGCUAUUUGGUCGGAGGCAUUCUACAUCCAAAAUGUUCCCAUGGAUACAAUUCUAUAAAAGGUUUUGUACACCACCAGUUAGUAUUCUGUGAAAAUGGCCAAUCAUUAUUCCAGAUGGAAUAGUCAACAUUCCCACACAUGAACUGAUCAUUGUGUCAUCACCAGAAAAUAAAGUUUGUUUUGUAAA